GAGAGACUCAGAGCGAAUACGGCAGCCGUAAGAAAGAUGUAACGAAAAAACAUGAAUGAAAAGAAUAUGAUGAAGCUUUUCUGGUGUAUAAUUUUUAUUAUGGUUAUUCCCUCAAUAUCAACAGCAUCUACUGUUACAGACGUUUCUCAGGAUGUGUAUGGACGUGGAAUAAAUGGCCUCAUAGCCGCGUUUGGCGAUUUUAAUGCCGAUAAACUCACAGAUGUGUUUCUAAUAAAAGAUUCAGGCAAAACUGUUGAAAUUCUUCUGGCUGAUAAAGUAGCCCCACUUCUGGUGAGCUCUUCCCUUGUGAUAAAAGCAGAGGAGAAUGCUCUUUUUACUUCUGUUGUGCCGGGUGACUUUGAUGGGGAUUCAAAAAUGGAUGUUCUAGUCACACUAGUACCAGAACAUCAUCAGACCAAGAAUCCACCUGUUAAUGUCAGCAUAUAUUGGGGCAACCUUAUUUCCAUUGAUGGGAAUCCAAUGAAACUGGAAGACCAGCUAAGAGAUCAACCACUAGUCAUGGAUUAUGAUGCAGACAUGAUUCCUGAUCUUUAUGGUGAGAAGAGCACUGGAGGUCGGUUUCAUUGGAUUUAUAGAACACGGAGCAAGUUUGUGGCUGAACACAUCAAAAACUCUACCUUACAUACUCACCCCCUCACAUUUCCUCACUCGUGUGCUUUUGUGGAUCUCAACAGUGACUUCACUGCUGACUUGUUUGUAACAACAAUGGAUGGUGAUAAAUACAUAUUUGAAGUUUGGUACAACAUGAAUGGAGUCUUGAGUUUUCAAUACAACUAUAGCUUCGAUGCAAGUGUGCAUUAUGACCAUGUUGGGCAGUCUAGUUUUGCUGAUAUUGAUGGUGAUGGUAAUCUGGAGCACAUUCUACCUGUGUGUGGCCUAGCUUUCUGUAAAGACAGUGCCAUCUAUGUUUUCUCUUUUGCAAAUUUGUCAUGGACACCAUUGGUGUCAGAGUUCAACAAGGGUAAAGAGGCUUGGGGCUUUGCCAGGCCCACUGAACGAUCAACUGGAGGAAUGACCCUCAGGUUUGGAGACUUCAACUUGGAUGGAUAUCCAGAUGCUGUGACAAUCCUGCAAAGUGAGAUUGAUGGAGAACUUGUUCAGCGAGCAGUGCUGCUGCUGAAUGUUGAGUGCAGUAGCUCAGUGAGCAAAUGCCAGCCAGUGGGGAGGACUCUCGAAGUGCAAUGGGACAUGAAUCCUUUGAUCAGCAUUGACAGACCAGUCCUAGUUGCUUUCUAUGACAUAUACGAAGACGGUGUGUUGGAUAUCUUGGUGGCAAAUCAUCAGUCAUCUGAGGAUAAGCCUGCACAGCUGCAUGCAUUGCUGAAUGUCCUCACAGAAGAUGCUUGUUUUCUCAAGGUUAUAGUUCUGAGUGGGAUGUGUAGGGACUGCCUACCUGGCUACAAAGUUCCUUAUGGAGUCAACCAGGCAGGCCCAGUGAUAAAGUACGACACACGAAGGCCAGACGGAUCUCUACAGACUAGUCGAGCAACACAGCUGUCACAGUCUGCACACUUCGCUCUACAGUUGCCAUACACGGUGUUUGGACUGGGGCAAACACCCAACUUUGUUGACACGAUACGUGUUGGAAUCCCACAUCCUCAAGGCGAGGAUGUGAGGCAGCAUGAGUGGACCACGAUCAUUCCUAAUUCUCAAGUCAUCAUCAUUCCUCAUCCAAAUAGCAAUGCAGAGUACUGGGUAAUCAAGCUGUUCGUGACUCCAAGUGAGCUGGUAUUGAUAACAGGUGCGUUACUGCUUGGCAUCUGUGGAUUCAUUGCUGGCAUCAUUGGUGUGCUCCACUGGAGGGAAAAGGUUGCAGAUCGGAAGGAGAGGCUGCAGGAAGCUCAUCGCUUUCACUUUGAUGCCAUGUGAGACCACACAUUAAUUUAUUGCAUUUGUUAAAAUUGCAUUUAGUGAAAGAAUUGUCAAACGGAUUUAGGAAAAUUUAAAUUGUAAACCAAGUAGAGAUCUUCCUAGUGAAUAUAUUACCAACUACACCAUUGGUUUCACAGAUCAAUCAACCUGACCGUAACAGCAUGGUGUUAUUACACUGUUGUUGUUGUUGUUAUAAGGCUUCAGAUAAUACUGAACAAAGUCCACUAUUAAUCAUCUUUAUAUUUCUGUCCUGUUAUGCUUGUUUGAAUAGAUGAGUACACUGAGCGUACACAGGGUACCAAAGCUGUUACUGGGCAGUAUUUUUAUAUGGUGUACAUGUGAAAAAAUCAGAUGCAGGUAAUAGUGUAUUAUAAUAAUGAUAUUGUUUCUAUAUUAUAAUUCACUAUUCUAACUGAA